AACGUCAGAUGUCAUUCUUUUGUCAAAAUGUCAAACGCCUAUAGGAUUUAUGAUAAAUGAAUUUGUUUGGUUACAAGAAAGUAAAGUUUUUUGUUCGUAAAAAUGGACGUUUUUAACAAGUUUUAUUCAUCGGUUAGUAAUACUGUAUCCCAAUUAUCUGGUGUUUUACCAGGGAAUCCUGUCACAAGAGAAUUUGAAGCGACACAAUUUAUUGCCAGUGCUGGCCCAGGUCUCCUCUGGAAAGUUUAUAAAGGGUACAAAAAAUCAACGAAACAAGAAGCGUCUAUAUUUGUGUUUGAAAAGAAACUGCUCGAUCGUUGGACGAAAGCCGAUAGAGAUGUGAUGAUCGAAAUAUUGAGGCGCGGUGUCGUGCAGCUUACGAAGCUGCGCCACCCGCAGGUCCUCACGGUACAGCACAGCUUGGAGGAGAGCCGAGAGAGUCUCGCGUUUGCGACGGAGCCUGUGUUCGCAAGUCUGGCAAAUAUAUUAGGCAACACAGAGAAUAUGCCGCAACCCAUACCCAACAAUUUGGUGAAUUACAAAUUGUAUGAAGUAGAGAUAAAGUAUGGUUUGAUGCAAGUUGCCGAGGGCCUGGCAUUCCUCCACAAUGAUGUUAAACUCCUUCAUCACAACAUAUGUCCCGAAUCAAUUAUAGUGAAUCAGCAAGGAGCUUGGAAGAUAUUUGGUUUUGAUUUCUGCAUAGCAAAUCAGAGUUCUCCAGGUGCAGCAUCAUUUUGGCCGUUCACCGAGUACUGUCAGGCACUGCACCCGCUGACCCAACCCACUUUAGACUACCUGGCACCUGAAUAUAUUCUGUCUGCAAGUCAUUCCCCUGCCAGUGAUAUUUACUCUCUUGGUAUGUUGAUCUAUGCAUUGCACAGUACGGGGCAUCAUUCAUUGGGGAAUAUAGGUAAUGACUACAUGAAGUUCAAGAAGUUUGCAAAUGAGCUGAGAAACCUUCCUCAGUCCCGUUUGCUCUGUGUGGCAGACGGCCUCAGGGAAUAUGUGAAGCUGAUGUUGAACACAACACCGGAGCUGCGGCCCGACCCACAUCAGUUUUUAAAAAUUCCCUACUUUGAAGAUGUUGGAGUGAAAACAUUGAAUUAUUUAGACUCACUAUUUCAAUGGGAUAAUUUGCAAAAGUCUCAGUUUUACAAAGGACUCCCUCAAGUAAUACAGAAAAUGCCUCACCGCAUCUGCAUAUACCGGAUCCUCCCGUGUCUCACCAAGGAGUUCGUCAACCCGCCCAUGGUGCCCUUCGUGCUGCCGAAUGUUCUAUUGAUUGCAGAAAACUCAAGCAAAGAGGAGUACGUGAAAUACAUACUUCCCGUUCUGAGGCCUGUUAUGUUGAUGCAAGAUCCCAUACAAAUUUUGUUGAUAUUUAUGCAAAAAAUGGAACUUCUGCUGAAACUGACCCCGGGGGAGGAGGCGAAGAGCGACAUCCUGCCGAUGCUGUACCGCGCGCUGGAGGCGGACGCGGAGGCGGAGGCGGAGGUGGAAUCGACACGGAGGUAA